AUGUGGGAUUCAGACACCCAGGCGCGCACCUACGGCAAGUUCCCCGUGCCUCUACCGCGCGUGACUUUCAGCAGCACCUACGAGGCAAACCCUUCAGACUAUGAUAUUCGCCGCCUGGGCGCCCAGAACGUGCCGCCGCACUUCGAGAACCACGCAGCGAAGCUUAUGAAAGGGAUGUGCACCCUGGCAGCCGUCAUGAGAAUCAUAGUUUGGUCAUUCAAUGUGAUGUCCACAGGGCUGUUUCCCGACCGUGGCCACGACGACAAGCCAUUCGCUGACGAGAUCCGUGCUGCGAAACGUGGCUUCGCGUUGGCUGGCGGGCUAUGCGCCGCCGUCUGCGAGAUGAGAGCUGAUCUGCUGGAGAUCCACCAGGACCCACUGUUUGAGUUCCUCCUGUCAGUGGCGAGCUGCCCAUGGGUAGACAAGGGCCUCGUGGAAUACGCCGAGGUGAUACGCUCAGAUGUGAAGACGGUUACAGUUACUUCUAAGGCACAGUUCAAGCGUUUGCUGAGAUGUUGUCGCCACGAUCCUGAAUUGUGGGGAUUUGGCACCUGGUGUAAUUUCAGCGAGCUCGACUUGCCGUCGGGGCACAGACUGCUCCACAGGGGCGCUGUCAACGACGCCCAUGAGCUCGGCGAGGUGGAGGGCCAGAUCGGCCCAGGUCGCCCUGUUCAGUUGCAUUUCUGCGACGUUCAUGACCAUGCGGGGAUCAACUUCGUGGCGCCAAUCCUGGGCGUCGCGGGGUUCACGGCGUCGAUGAUCUGCGUGGACAUCAUGCACGCGCAGGAUCUCGGCUGCACGCAGAGGCUGGCGGCCACAGUCUUCUGGGCCCUCACCGAGGCAAACUUUGCAAGGAGUGAGGCUCGGACAGGGAUCAUCCGUAGAGUGCGCGACCUGAUCCACCUGAGGCGAGGAAUGAAAUCAUGCUACCUUGCCAAUGCUGCCCUUUUUGCGCGUGGAUCCCAGUCGAGAAUAUUCAGGAUUAACCUGGAGAUGCCCGGGGGCUUGCACCAGCCGAGGCUCCGCGCCGAG